AUGAAGGCCGAUCUAGCAUGCCUGACUGCACUUUUUCUAUUCGCGGACGCUCUCCCGUCCACUGUGCCGCGGCAAGACAUUUCGCAGAAGACUGUCAACCCAUCAGACUUGUUUUCGCCUACUGCAACAUCGAAAAUCUGGAAUGUUGCGGUAAAUAAUAUUAACCAGCUUCCAAGUAAAUUCCCCGACAAUGUUCCAGGAGCGGCUUCAAAUGCGGGUGCCUAUAUUUUUAGCGACAUCUCGGCAUGGACCAGUGGCUUCUUCCCUGGCUCCUUGUAUACGCUCCUCGAAAGGAACAUUCGAUUCCCGAACCACCUGAAUAUAGGAAACUCGAGUCAAGUAGAUAUACAUAACCGCCUCCUAGCUCUAUCACGCCAAUGGUCCGACCCACUACAUGAACAGGCCAAGCGGACCGACACUCACGACAUGGGCUUUUUAAUCGUCCCUGCUUUGCGCAAAGAUUGGGAACUGACGGGCAAUACUAAGAGUCUGGAUUCCGUUAUUACUGCGGCACACAGUCUGGCAACUCGAUAUGACCCUCGAGUUCGUGCGAUUCGGAGCUGGGAUAAUCUGGUGAACAAGCGACACGACAUUCGUGGCAAGACGGCCGAUUUCUUGGUUAUCAUUGAUAGCAUGUGCAACCUCGACUUGUUGUACUACGCCGGCUAUCAGACAGCCAACCGAACUUUGAUUGAUAUUGCCACUAGCCAUGCCCACACUGUGAUACGCAAUAUUAUCAGAAAGGAUCAUUCAACAUUUCAUUUGGUAAAUAUCGACCCGCGAAAUAGCAGCGUAAAAUUCCAAGAGACAGUUCAAGGAUACAAAGACUGGUCCACAUGGAGCAGAGGUCAAGCCUGGGGUAUCCUCGGGUACGCGCAGACCUAUCAAUGGACCAAAGACCUGGUCUUCCUCAAGACAGCAGAAGGUUUAGCAGACUACUUCCUCGGUCGCCUCGAUAGAUCCUCCCAUACUCACCCCUACGUUCCGCCAUGGGACUUUGACGCACCCGUCAUCGAUGGCAACUUACCUCCUCGCGAUACCUCAGCCGGCCUGGUAGCCGCCAACGGGCUACUUCUUCUUCACCAGAUCCUUGGUGGGGACUCUCCCUAUCUGGAGCGUGCUUUGCGUAUUGUAGGAGAGACUGUCGAUUUAUCGACAUCUCCGCCGAGCUGGGAGUCGAUCUUCAUGAAUGCCACUAUAAAUAACAACGAGUUUUCAUCAGAUCGAUCAAAGAACACAGGCCUGGUGUAUGCGGACUUCUACUUCCUCGAGUUUGGGAAUCGGCUGUUGCAGAUGGGGUUGGUUUAA